AUAACACACGGCAUUGUUCGGUUGGGGUCGAACAGAAAACAAAUACGAUUGGUCGUGGACGAAGACUCUGAGUGGAUAAUGUCAAAUCAGGCACAGGUCGACUACGACAGGCAAUUCCAGGAGGAUUUGGCCAAGGCAACGGCGCUAAGCUUGGAGCAGCAGGCGCUCGAUGAUUACAGGCGAAACAAGAAAUAUGGGACGAGCUCCUAUCAGGGCGGCACUGCCGAUUACUACGCCCAACAGCAGCAACAACAUCAACACCACCAACAUCAAAGAAGUUUUAAUGUGACGCAGCGUCGCCACUCAGAGGUGCAUCAGGUGGCUGCCUCUUUGGCUAGCGUGGAACGUUCGCGGACUCCGCCGGCACACACUGGCAAUGGAAAUGGCAAUGGGGACAGUGAUCUUAUAUGCUUUGCCAGUCCCACUGGCAAGCAACCGGCGCAGGAAAGUGGCAGUACCUUUGAGCGGUUGAUUGAGGAUCUGCAACGUAUGCAGACCCAUAAUCCGCAGUCGGCAUUGGUGCCAGUGGGUCCAGUGGCAGCUGCAACGUCAGCUCCCGUCCAUUAUCCAGCACAACCAACAUACGGCAGUGUGGCCGGUGGAGUGGGCAUGCAGCUGGUACCGUACCAGGCUACCACGCAGCAGCCUCAGCAACGUCCUCUCAAUCCGGAGGAGUUGCAGCGGCUCUACAGCAUGCCCAAUCAACUAGCACUGCAGCCAGUGGCACCAGUUCAGCCUGCAGGAUUUGUGUACUAUCCAACGUUCUCAGCUCCAGUUGUUCCCGGCUCAGCUGCCUAUAUGCCACCUCAGUAUCCGUCGCAUGGCUUUGGCUAUGGCUUCGCUGGCUAUGCACCAAAUAAUGGUGGCACUACGCACGUGGACUUCGCCCGACCUCACAGUACACCUGUGACAGGAUCAGCAACAGGAUUAUCAUCAUCAACUGCUGUGUCCAACAGAAGCAGCCCAUUGAGUCAUCAAGCUUCACAUUCCGCUGCAGCAACACCUGCUCCAAGUGUUGCUCCCGGCUUCAAUGUGCGACGUGCCACGCCCCCCGUUGGCAGUGUCCCCUCUGUUGGAGGCCAGCAGCAGCCGCCUCCACGCACUGGCAACGAUUUGAUCGAUCUAAACCAGGACGAUUAUUCCCGUGUGAGUGUCUUGGAGGCAUUUGAUCCCCUGCUCAACGAGAACUCUGGCAACGACGACGCCUCCGAUUGCACCUCGUACUAUGCGGAGUACGAUCCAUUUGAUUUUCUGUACAGCGGCGACAAUGGCACACAGUAUUCGGAUCCCAUGUACGAGGCGGUCAACAGGUGGGACAAGAAUGCCACAAAUAGUGGCAGCGGUAGCGUCAGUGUCAGUUCCAUUGGCUGGCGAACGGAUUAUCUAAAUCAACCCACGCAUUCCCACUCAGCAUCGCCCACACCACAAGCAACAGGAUCGGGAUCGGGUACAAGUGCAGGUGCAAUAGGUGGCUCCACUUCUGGCUCUGUGUCACCGCCUCCUCCGCUGCCGCCGCGGAAUCAGCAGCUUUAUGAAACGGCUGUCAGCAGUGCCUCCACAUCAAAGCCACAUCAGCAGGCAUCUCCCUUCACGGACAGCUACACCAACAGCAUACCAGCUCAAGUGGUGCUGGAUCGCCGGAAAACCUGUACAAGACUCUACGAGUUGAUCAGUGAACAGAGAUCGGAUGAUUGCGAACUCUUGGAGUUUUAUCACAUGGUACGAGAUCUGCGUAGCAGUUAUCGUCAUGAUGAUCAAGCCACAAAUGUGGGUCACAUCAUUGCCGCCGAGUUCAAUUAUCAUUAUAUGAUGGACACCAGCAUUAAGGUUAUUGUACACCCGGCUGUAAAUACCCUGCAGUCGCAUGCCAUAUCCAGUUCUUUGGCCGGCGAGCAGUUCAAGGGCUACGGCACACCUGUGACCUUCACCUGCGACAUUGACUCCGUGGUGGCGCAGGUGGUGGCUCAAGCUUUGGCCUCGCUGGAGGGCCAGGUGAAGGGUACCGUCACAGAUUUUGCAGUCAAGCCCAUUGGUUUGCUGGAAUGGUUGGCGCCCACAUCGAAGCUGAGUCAGUUGGAGUGUGUGCACAACAGUUUUCAGCUGGAGAAGGAUGUGCAUUUGGGACUAUGUGUGAGCAAUUCGGCAAAUAUGCAGUCCAUUGCCCGCACAGCACAGGACGAUGCCCAUGAUGGGGAUCUGCUGCCGGAGCAGGUGUUGCCCAAUGAAGUGGUACCCAUUGUCACCUACGACAGCAUGAUGAUACUGAUCGAAACGCUUGAAAUGGAGAUUGAUAAACUGGAAUCAGCUGUAGAUGGCGUUCCAACGGGUCGAAGCAGCGUUGUCAGUUGUUCGGGAGUCGUCCAGGCUGUGAAAGCCAUUUGUGCCCUACUCGGCUCGAUUGAUACACUGGAGAUAGCCCGUUGUAUUGCCGAUCUAAAGCGCGUCUGCGAGGAGGCACAGUCCAAGUAUGCGCCUCUAGCCGGUGCUAAUAAUCCGGAAAUCAUCAGCGACUAUGGUGAAUAUGCGCAGGUGACGCUGCGACCACGUUCUAUGCUAGAGCAGAUCAAACUAAAGUGCAAUAGACUGCGUGAUGCUGUCCAGGAGCUUGUUGAACUCUAUGCCAAUGUAUUUCGCGUUGCCUUCUCGGUGAAGACGCCGGACUAUUCCACCACACCCAUACCCAUCUCCUGUGUCUCCAAGCCUAUUGUUGUAAGCAUCAACUGUUUGCACAGGCCACAGCCCAACUGGAAGUAUGAGGAUUAUUCUCUCUGCGUGCAGCUCGUCUAUGGCACGCGUCUGUUGUCCAAGCCCCAUGUGCUGAACUGCUCCAAUGACACCAGCGGCGGUCUCUUUCCCCGUUUAAACUUCAGUGCGUGGUUGACCUUCGAGCAGCAUCCAAUUUGCACGCUGCCUCGGGAAGCACGUCUCACCUUUGUGCUUUAUGGUAAGCAGGCGGCCAGCGAGAAUGAACAGAAUACGGAGCCGAACGGAGAGAGGCGACAGGUGACCACUGAGCUCGGCUGGUGUUCCAUCCAACUGUUUGACUUUAAGCGCACCAUGAUCUGUGGCCCUUAUCUGCUAUCUGUGUGGCCGCCGACCACAGACAAAAUGCUGGGACCGGCGCCAGCUCGUGGCUGUCAUCCGCAUUCUGAUUUUUGUCCGGUGUUGAGCAUUGAAGUUCCGCCGUAUGGUGGACGCAUCGAAUUCCCUGAGCAUCAGGAGGCACCCAAGCCGGCACCGCACUAUGACUUUGCCUCGCUGGAUGCCAAUCUGCAGGAGGAGCUGCUGGAUACUGCUGAGCUGGGCUACUCAGGUGCCACGGAGCGUCGUGAAGUGUUCUGGGAGAAGCGUCUCUAUCUGCAAAACUAUCCCAAUGCACUGCCCAAGGUUCUGCAUGCAGCUCACAGUUGGGAUUACGCGAAUCUGAUUGAUUUGCACUCAUUAUUGCAUUCCUGGACACCAUUAUCGCCUCUGCAGGCGCUGGAACUGCUGCUCCCACGCUAUCCGGACGCUAAGGUGCGUGAGAAGGCCGUCGAGUGGAUCUCCCAUAUGCCCAAUGAUCAGCUAGUUGACUUUCUGCCCCAACUUGUGCAAUCACUGAAGCAUGACACUUAUGAGGCUUCCGCCAUGGCGCGAUUUCUGUUGUCCAAGUGCCUGGAGUCGCCUCGAUUUGCGCACUACAUGUAUUGGUUGCUGGUCCACAGUCUGCCCGAUGAUCCACUCAACUCGAUUGGAGCCUCGGUGGUGGAUCAGGAGUACGAUAAGUCUCAGAUCACACAGGCACGCUACUAUCGCCGCAACAAGAUGAUGCUGCGUGCUCUAAUGGCCAUCUGUGGCGAGAAGCUGCUCAAGCGGUUCAUGUACCAGCAUCGUAUGUGUCAGAAUCUGGCAAAGAUAGCGGAAUCAGUUAAGGAAGCCAAAGAAUCGAUGCGACAAAAGAGUCUAGUUGCGGGCAUGGAUCAGGUGCAUCAGGAUCUGUUAGAGGAGCCCACUUGUCUGCCCCUGGGCCCAGAGCUGGAGGUGGCUGGCGUCAAUGUGCGCAACUGCAGCUACUUCAACUCCAACACUUUGCCUCUCAAGAUCACCUUCGUGGGACCCGAUGCGGAGCCACUUCCAGCGAUAUUUAAGUGUGGCGACGAUCUGCAGCAGGACAUGCUCACCAUUCAACUGAUACGCAUCAUGAACAAAAUGUGGCUGGCGGAGCGUCUGGAUCUCAAAAUGGUUACCUUUAAUUGUGUGCCCACUGGCUACAAAAGCGGCAUGAUAGAGCUUGUCUCUGAGGCGGAAACAUUAAGAAAAAUUCAAGUGGAAUGUGGGCUGACUGGUUCAUUCAAGGAUCGACCCAUUGCCGAGUGGUUGGGCAAACAGAAUCCCAGUCCAUUGGAAUAUCAAAGUGCUGUUCGAAAUUUCACACUCUCUUGCGCUGGCUACAGCGUUGCCACCUAUGUUUUGGGCAUCUGUGAUCGACACAACGAUAACAUUAUGCUCAAGACUUCUGGACAUUUGUUUCACAUUGAUUUUGGUAAAUUCCUCGGAGAUGCUCAGAUGUUUGGCAACUUCAAGAGAGAUCGCACUCCAUUUGUGCUCACAUCAGAUAUGGCUUAUGUAAUAAAUGGCGGUGAUAAGCCCUCAACCGAUUUUCAUUAUUUUGUUGAUCUUUGCUGUCGUGCCUUUAACAUUGUGCGCAAGAAUGCGGAUCUGCUGCUUCAUACCCUGGCUCACAUGGCCACAGCGGGUAUGCCUGGCGUCAACUCCAAUGCCGUCACCUAUGUGCGUCGUGCUCUCUUGCCCUCGCAGUCGAAUCCUGAAGCGGCAGCCACAUUCGCCAAGAUGAUACAAUCCUCGCUAAAGAGUUGGUUCACUCAGUUUAAUUUCUUUUUGCACAAUUUGGCGCAGAUGCGCUUUAAUAAUGACGAAGGAACUGGCGAAUUGUUGUCCUUUGUGCCUCGCAAAUACACUAUGCAGCAGGACGGUCGCUUGAAGAUCGUUAAAGUGGUUCGAUUCCAGAAGCACUACAGCAUGGAGAAGUAUUACAUGUACAUAUUGCAAGUGACUCGCCACGGACAGCGAGAUCCUACACAUCUGUUUCGUUCCUAUCGCGAAUUCACCGAGUUCCACCAGAAGCUGUGCAUACACUUUCCUCUGGUCAAGCUGCAAAGUCUUCCUGCUGGCGUGCAUGUGGGUCGUUCCAAUAUCAAGUCUGUGGCUGAGAAGCGCUUGCCUUUGAUACAAGGAUUCCUAAAAUCCCUCUUUAAUGCCGCAGAGGAAAUAGCACAUUCAGAUCUGGUCUACACAUUCUUUCAUCCUCUUCUGCGUGAUCAGCAGGAGGCCAAAUUGGAGAUGCCAAAGAUUAAAGAGGUCAAGCGUCAACCAUCGCGAGAUAAUCCCAAUGAAAUUGGCCAGAUUCGAUUAUCGCUGCAAUAUCAACGCGGAGUGCUUACUGUGAUGAUACACCACGCCAAAGGAUUACCUAUGCUGCAGGGUGGCCAGGAGCCGAACACAUAUGUCAAGUGCUACCUGAAACCCGAUCCAAGCAAAGCCACCAAACGCAAGACUAAAGUCGUACGCAAAACCUGUGUGCCUAGCUUCAUGGAGACGUUGGAGUACCGCAUGCCGCUGGAUGUGGUGCAACAGCGCAGGUUGCAGGUGACGGUCUGGUCACACGAUACGUUGCAGGAGAACGAGCUUCUUGGCGGCUUUGAAUUGGAUCUCUCCAAGCAUGAUUUGCGCCAAGAAUUAGUCGAUUGGCAUCGUUUGGUUUCCGUGCCUAGGAAUUGAAUGAAUGUUGCAACCUCCGUUUAACUGACAAUCUGGCUAACACACACACACACACACACACUCACAUACGCAUACUGUGCCUGUCUUUUCAACGCAAUAAUACUUACAUACUCAAAGUGAUUGUACAUUCCAUAUAUCAUAUGCAAUUUAAAUUAUAUAUAAUUUACUUAUACAUAUACUUACUUAUAUUUAGAAUUAAACUGACAUCCGAUAGAACUGUACCUAUCAAUUGUACAUAAUAUAUACAGACUCUUACACACACACACACAUACACAAACACUCAUUUCCAAUUGCGUUUAGCUAUUGCACAAUAUAACUGAAAGAUCAGCUGAAAUUUUUGUAUAAUGUACAUAAAUCAACCAAAUAUAAGUGAUACAUGCUGAUCAAAAGUAUAUAUACAUAUAUCUCUAUAUAUACAAAAGGAAAUCUAAUUAUUCAGGUCAUUCCUUAGGAUGCCGUAGUGUGCACAUUUCGUAUAUACCUUAUUCUAGUUAAAUAUUCAUCCAAAAUCGUUCAUUGUCCUGGGCUUGGUGCGAAUUUAUUACAGUAUUAAAAGUGGGUCGGAUUUUCGUAUACUAUAUAUUAUUGAUUUUAAUUAGUUAGUUAGGAUCGGGCAAUUACCAACUUUUGGAUCUAAAUAUAUAUAUUAUUUUAGAUCAAAACGCACAAGUUCAAUUUACUUAGGAAUUAUAUACGAUUCUUCUUUGUCCUCAGUCAAAGGGAUAAAGAUCUGUGGAGCCAAUCCUAACAUCGCUUACUGCCAAAGCAACUUCUGUCCGGCAAUUUGCUCGAACGAUUCUUAAAUAAAUGCGUUCCAAAGAAUAUUAAAUAUUAUAUAUGUAUGAUUAUCUGAUCAAUAGUGUAUUCACUGGGUCGCACCUAAUGCUGUUAAAAAUAUAACUAUACAGUUUUUAUUUUUAUAUACAAUCUGACUUUUUGUCGUACACAC